AUGGAUGAUCAUUAUGGUGCUAUCAAGUUUGGCGAAUUCCGCAAGUACAUGCAAAACAAGCAAGCAAAGCUGAAGGAUCAGGAAAGAGCAUUAGAACACACUGCUACCCAAGAUACGCUACCACAGAUCUUUCAAGGGCUUUCGAUCUACAUUAACGGCUAUACGAAUCCGUCACAAAGCGAAUUGAGACGAUUGAUUAUCCUUCAUGGCGGGAACUACCAGCAUUACUUGAAAAAGUCAAGUGUUACUCAUAUCGUUGCCUCCAACCUGACGCAGUCAAAGUUGCACGAGUUCAGGGCGUACAAGGUCGUCAAGCCUAGCUGGAUCACCGACAGCAUUGAAGCCAACGAACUUCAGCCAUGGCCACAGUAUCGUGUUAUCGUCAAGGAGUCAGCACAAACAGAAUUGGUAUUCAAUCAACCUCAGCAACAGCAACCACUUCAACAGCAGCAGCAGCAGCAACAACCUGAAGGCAAGACGCUCAAUGCUGCAUUAUUGGCCAAUCCAUGGAACAAGGAGAAUACAUCAGCGCAACCUGGAUUUAUUGAAAAGUUCUACGAGUCUUCUCGUUUGCAUCAUUUAUCGACAUGGCGUGCCGAGCUAAAGGACAUGGUUGGGAAAAUGGAACAAAAGUACACCUUGGGAAAGCGAAAGCGAUCUUCAGGCCCAAGAAUUGUCAUGCAUGUUGACUUUGAUUGCUUUUUCGCAUCCGUGGGACUCUUGGAUCGGCCACAUUUAAAGGAAAAGCCUGUAGCAGUAGCACAUGGUCAAGGCCGUCAACAGAAUUCGUCGAGUGAUAUCGCUUCAUGCAACUACAUUGCACGAUCCUUUGGUCUUUACAAUGGGAUGCAUAUUGGUGCUGCCAAGAAAAAGUGUCCUGAACUUCAAGUGAUUCCAUACGAGUUUGAGAAGUACAAGGCCAUUUCGGAGAUGUUUUAUGAGACGCUCUUUGGAUAUGCCGAGCAACUGCAGCCUGUCAGUGUGGAUGAAGCGUUGAUUGAAGUGGAUGGAAGCAAUGGUGGUGACCCUUUGGAGCUCGCCAAGGAGAUACGCCAAGUGAUUCGAGAAAAGACGCAAUGUGAAGUUAGUAUCGGCAUUGGACCCAAUAUUCUUUUGGCACGUCUUGCUACAAAGAAGGCAAAGCCUGCUGGACAGUACUUUUGCAAAAAGGAUCAGGCCGUUGAGUUUUUGGCACCUUUGGAUGUAUCGGAUUUACCUGGUGUCGGCUAUCGUAUGGCAAGCAAGAUUCAAGAGGAUCUUGGUAUCAAUCAUGUGGGCGAAUUGGCAAAGAUCCCCUUGGGAAGAUUGCAACACUACCUUGGGCCCAAGACUGGAAAGAUGCUUUACAACUAUUCACGAGGCAUGGAUGAUCGCGAACUCCAAAUGUUUCAACAAAGACAAUCCGUCAGUGCAGAUGUCAACUGGGGUGUUCGAUUUGAAAACGAGGACCAGGUCAAGAAAUUUGUCAUGGAGUUGGGAGAAGAAGUAUCACGACGAUUACAGAAUAUUCAGCAACGUGGAAAAAGCAUCACUGUCAAGAUCUUACGGCGGCAUCCUAGUGCGGGUGAAGCAGCAAAACGACUUGGAUGUGGUGAAUGUGACAGCUUCUCCAAAAGCAUUGUUCUUGACCGGUUUACGGAUGAUGCAUCAGUGAUUGGUAAUCACGCAUAUCAAAUGCUAUCGUCUUUUGGUUUUGAUCCAGCUGAUUUGCGAGGCAUUGGUAUCCAAGUACAGAAACUAGAUAUUCGCAACGUUGGCAAGCAAAACACCUUACAAUUUGCUCCAAUCAAAGAGAGGACACCAGACAAGGAAGAGCGGCUACAGAUUUCACCAUUAUCCACUCCAUCUCCGGAACGACAACCAACAACCAUUAUUACAGCACCAUCAUCGCCAUCUAAACCACCAUCAUCUCUUAAUCCGACUACGACUCCAGUGGCAAAUGAGAAGCCUGUCAUCCAUGUUGAUCCAUCCAUUUUUGCCGAGUUACCAAAGAAUGUGCAAGAAGAUUUAUCAAAGACGCACAAGAUUGAAUUCUUGGACAAUACCACAUCCUCCAUCCAGGAUCCACAGCAACAAUCGCCAUCAUUACCACCGCAACAACAACAACACAUACAACAGCAACCAUCAUCACCAUCGCAACAACAACAACAAAAGCAACAACAACAACAAAAGCAACAACAACAACAAAAGCAACAACAACAACAAAAGCAACAACAACAACAAAAGCAACAACAACAACAAAAGCAACAACAACAUUCCGAGUCUUUUUCUUCUCAAUAUUUCCAUAUUUCUCAACCGGAUUUACCACCUUGGUCUCAAUUGGAUCCUGAAUUCUUACUUGCUCUUCCUGAACGCACAAGGAAACAAGUUUUGGAGACUUACAGUAAAACAAAAGCUCAAAAGACGACUACGACGACGACCAAUAACCAGCAUCAACAACAACAACAAAAGCAACAACAACAACAAAAGCAACAACAACAUUCCGAGUCUUUUUCUUCUCAAUAUUUCCAUAUUUCUCAACCGGAUUUACCACCUUGGUCUCAAUUGGAUCCUGAAUUCUUACUUGCUCUUCCUGAACGCACAAGGAAACAAGUUUUGGAGACUUACAGUAAAACAAAAGCUCAAAAGACGACUACGACGACGACCAAUAACCAGCAUGUGGAACCACCACCUCCGCCGCCGCCGCCGCCGCCACCACCACCACCACCACCACCACCACAGCCUACUUUACUCAGCCCACAUCGCCAACAGCAUGAAUUAUCACCAUCACGUACUGUACCUCCAAAUACCCCACGCAAUAGCCGACAGCGUAACUCAAGGAGGAUCAAAAAGGGAUAUGCAAGUCCUAGUGGAAGGGAACGUACAUUGACACAAAUGUUAAUGCCUGAUACCAGCCCUUCACGUCGUCCAUCCAGUCCUACUACAGCUGCUCGAAUGGCAAGGAAUGAAGAGGAAAUGCCACCUUGGGAUGUAAAUAUUUGGAACGAGUUACCACCCGAUCUCAAGCAAGAAAUCCUGUUUGAUUAUCGACGAGAAAAACGCAUGCAAGAACGACAACUUCGAGAUGAGCAUUUUCGUAAGGUGCAUGACAAGUUGAUGCAAUCCGAAAGUGCCCCUGCUCUUGCUAUUACCAUUCCCAAAGAACCUGAAUUGAUGGGCAAGCAUACGAUGCAUGAUAUUCGAGGAUUAUUGAAGCAAUGGGUGGAUGAAUAUCCCGAGCAUCCUGAAAAGGAAGAUGUGGAAACAGUGACACGCUAUCUAUGUGAACUCGUUCAAACCAGGUAUCUCGACAAGGUGCAAAUGAUUGUCAUGUAUUUGGUGCAUUUGACGGGUGGAAACGAUGCUUGGAAACCAUACAUUGAAACCAUGCAACAAAAAGUAUCCAAUAGUGUCCAAGAUAUCUACCAUUGUCCAAUAAAGUUCGAUUGA